AUGGUCCGCCUCUCAGACGUCAAAGUAGCCAACAGGAACUUCGUCGGCUCUCUCACUUCACCCCUCGUCGCCGUCUUCGUUGGCGGGACGUCAGGCACAUGCCAAUAUGCUCUUCACGCGCUUGUAUCCACCACGGCAUCAGUAAACAACUCCAACAACAACAGACACGUCCAAUUGCGCAUAUACAUUGUCGGCCGCAACCAAAAAGCGGCCGAUGAGACGAUCGCCCAAUGCUCCAAGACGUGUCCAAGUGCGAAAAUCACCUUUGUCCAAGCCAAAGACCUCGCCCUUCUCAAAGAUGUCGAUCAAGUAUGCGCUGAAAUCACCAGGCUUGAAACUGACGAUGCCGCGGAUCGGAAUGAGAAACCAAGGAUCGAUCUCUUGGUGAUGAGCCAGGCGGGAUCCAUUUUCGUCACGAGGAAAGACACAUCCGAAGGUCUGGACAAUUUAAUGUCGCUAAUGUACUAUUCCCGCAUGCGAUUUAUUGAUCGCCUGCUCCCGUUGCUUCUGGAAUCCCGUCUUCCCAAUGGGUCUGACGACGGGAGCGGUGAUGGUGACGGUGGUGGUAACGGACACGGUGCCAGCAGCAGCGGCGGCGGCGGCGCACACAUCAUCUCCAUCUACGCACCACGUACCGAAGGCACUUUAUUCCCCGACGACCUCUCCCUCCGCCAGCCAGGGCACUUCACGUACCUCAACGCCCGCUCGCACAUAGCGUAUUUCAAGACGGCCUUCUUCGAGACCCUCGUCGCCAAGUACCCUGGCAAACUCAGUUUCAGCCACGUCUUCCCCGGUCUCGUGAACACCCCCGGGUUCAAGAACCCAGAUCUGCCGACGUGGUUCAAAGUUGUCUUUGCCGUCGUGGGUAGACCGUUGAUGUGGAUCGUGGGCACAUCGCACGCCGAGAACGGUGCGAGGAUGCUCUACAUGGCCACGCCGCAUUAUCCGGCCGGUGGUGGAGCGCCAUCCAAGGGUAAUGGAGGCAACGACCAGAGGAAGAAAAGCAACGUGGCGAUCGGCGCCGAUGGCAAAAGAGGCAGUGGCGUCUAUUUGGUCUGGAAUGACAACGGGACCGCAUCAACGGAGAAAGUCUACGAGAAGAGCCCUGUCAAGAAAGAGAAGCUGAGGGAGAUGGUGUGGAGACACACGACGAGUGCGUUCGAGGAGAUUGAGAAUGGAAGGGUGUUUGAGGGUUAA